GAGGAUGUCUCAGACGGUCAUACCCGUGGCGUCUUCAACCCUCGUCAUCCAGCUGCAGCCGGCGACGCACACCACCGCUGUCCCGACGCUCACCGCCGCUCCUGCUGCUCCUCUUCAGGGCCUUCAAGCGUUUCUGAAAGGACAACCCAAAGCCCUCGGGACGGUCCAGGUAAUGAUCGGCGUGAUGACUUUUCUGUUUGGCAUCGUGUCUUCAGUUCACGCAGAACCCAUCUUUAUCUACAGUGGUCUUUCGUACUGGGGAUCUCUCAUCUACAUCAGCGCGGGUUCGCUCUGCAUCGCCGCCGAAAACAAAAUGAAUUCCCGCUCCGGUUUGUGUUUGGUAUGUGCUGCACAACACUUUACUUUUAAGGGUACGAAGAACCGUGCGGGAAGUACAGAAAGAGGUUUAACGGCUCUUCUGGAAGCUUCUGUUGUUUUUACGCCUGUAGGUGAGGGCUUCCUUGGAAUGAACAUCUUCAGCGCUAUAACCGGCAUUGCCAUCAUUUUACUUUUAAUAGAUUUGGUUAUAGCAGCGUUGAAUUACUGCGGUGAUUAUGACUGUUAUUUGAACAUCAAGUAUGAGACUCUCUUAAAGGGAAUCAGAGGUGUGUUGCUGAUAUUCUCCGUGCUUGAGUUCAUCAUCUCCAUCUGUCUGUCAGCGUUCGCCUGUAAAGCCGACGCCUGCUGCUGUCCUCCUCAGGUGCAGUUUGCUCAGGUUUUACCUCCACAGUCGUCUGAUGUGGUUCGUUUCCAGGAUCUGAACAGAUCUGAGUAUCUGAGACCGCCGGUCUCUCUCAGACUAACGCUGCCUUUCAGACUGUCACUGUCUCUGAGACCGGCACAGACUUUCAGACCAGAACUGCCUAUGAAGCUAACUCUGUCUCUGAGACUGACACUCUCUCUAAAACUGGCGCUGCCUCAUAGACCAGCACUGCCUCUCAAAUGGACACUGCAACUCAGACCGACACUGCCUCAGUCUGACUCCACCUCCAAUGCUUCUCAGACUGCCAUUGUCUCAGAGACUGUCAUUUAA